CUGGAACGUGUCCGGUGGUGCACUGUCUCUGAGCAAGAACUUUCCAAGUGUAAUGACAUGAGUAAAGCCUUUAGUGAGGCUGGUAUCCUUCCCCCUCUGGAGUGUACAAAGGGGGGGUCACCUGCUAACUGUACCCAGAUGAUCAAGGAUGAUUUGGCAGAUGCGGUGACACUGGAUGGCCGUUUGAUUUACCAGGCUGGAAAGGAGCAUGGUCUGAAACCUGUGGUUGGGGAAGUAUAUGAUCAAGAGAUUGGAACUUCCUACUAUGCUGUGGCUGUGGCAAGAAAGAGCUCCAACAUCACUAUCAACAGUUUGAAGGGUGUCAGUUCAUGCCACACAGGCAUCAACAGAACUGCUGGCUGGGAUGUCCCAGUGGGUUAUCUGAUGGACAGUGGACGCCUGGCAGCAAUGGGAUGUGACCUUCCAAAAGCUGUAAGUGACUAUUUCAAUGCAAGCUGUGUUCCUGGAGCAAAUGGCCUAACCUAUCCCAAAUCGCUCUGUAAGCUCUGCAAAGGGGAUUCUGCUGGGCAGAACAAAUGUGCACGGAAUUCCCAAGAGCGAUACUACGACUACAGUGGGGCUUUCAGGUGUUUGGCUGAAGGUGCUGGAGAAGUUGCUUUUGUGAAGCACAGCACAGUGCCUGAAAAUACCGAUGGAAGAAGUCUUUCUUCCUGGGCCCAGCGGCUUCGCUCCCAGGACUUCCAGCUUCUGUGCCCCAGUGGCAACACAGCUGAUGUGACAGAGUGGAGGACCUGCCACCUGGCCCGAAUCCCAGCUCGUGCCGUGGUUGUGCGGCCUGAUACAGAUGGGGCAGUUGUCUUCCAGCUCCUGAACCAGGGACAACGAAGAUUUAAUGGGUUUGGCACCAAGUUUCAGAUGUUUGACUCUGCAGCCUAUGGUGCCCAGAAUCUUCUGUUCAGAGACUCCACCGUAGAGCUUGUUGCAAUCACAGCUCAGAAUUACCAGGCAUGGCUGGGUGAUGAGUAUUUUCAUGCUAUGCAAGCUCUGAGCUGCAACCCCAACACCUUGCCAGAAAGCCUGAACUGGUGUGUUGUAUCCACUGAAGAGAUUUGGAAAUGUGGUGAAAUGGCCAUUGCUUUUAAGAAAAAGAAUUUGAAACCAGCAAUUCAGUGUAUUUCAGCCAUGACAAAGGAAGAGUGCAUGAAACUGAUCCAGAAAAAGGAAAGUGAUACUGUUGUUCUGGGUGGAGCUGAUAUUUACACAGCUGGGAAGACAUAUGGCCUUGUACCAGCUGCUGGAGAAAGUUACUCUGCUGAGGACAGCAGCAGCGCGUACUACGCAGUGAUGGUAGUGAAACGAAAUGCAUCCAAUGCUUUCACCAUCCGUGACCUAAAGGGGAAGAAGUCCUGCCACACAGGACUGGGGAGAAAUGCUGGAUGGAAUAUCCCCAUUGGGAUGCUAAUUAAGAGAGGUUUUAUUAAGACCAGAGACUGUAAUAUUCCUCAAGCCGUGAGUGAGUUUUUCUCUGCCAGCUGUGUGCCUUCAGCUGAGCUGGACAAUUACCCAUCAAAACUCUGUCAACUAUGUAUUGGAGAUGACAGUGGAAACAAUAAGUGCAGUGCAAGUAGCCAAGAGCGUUAUUACAGCUACAGUGGAGCCUUCAGGUGCCUGGCACAGGACUCUGGGGAUGUGGCCUUUGUGAAGCACUCAACAGUGUUUGAGAACACAGAUGGUAAGAAUACUGAUAGUUGGGCCCAAAACUUGAAAUCCAGUGAUUUCCAGUUACUGUGUCCAAAUGGUGCCCGUGCUGAAGUCACCCAGUUUGCUGAGUGUCACCUGGCUCAAGUGCCAGCCCAGGCCGUUAUGGUUCACCCAGAUACCAACAUUUUUGCUCUGUAUGGACUCCUGGAUAAAGCCCAGGUCUACUUUGGAAAUAACAGCAAUGGAAACGGAUUCAAAAUGUUUGAUUCUUCAGCUUUUCAAGGGAAAAACUUGAUCUUUAAGGAUUCUACUAUUAAGAUUGUGCCAGUAGUAGAGAGGAGGACACAUGCAGAAUGGCUAGGGCGGGAAUAUAUUGAGUCUCUUGAAGGCCUGCAAGCACCACAGUGCUCUGGGGCAGGUAAUGAGAUAAGACAAUACCUACUCAUGACUACUGUUGUUGCCCUUCUUAUUUUAUGUCAGAUACAAGGCUUGGACUAG